GCGAGUCGUCGCCCUCCUGGACGCUGCAGCUCGGCAUUGGGUUGUUGGGGCUGCUGCUGGUGGAAGGAGGCAAGCUGGUGAUCCGAGGUGUCUUGCAGCUGGCUCGAGGAUUGCAGCGAGGCGCCGGCGCUUGCAUCGCACGGGAACGGCUAAGGCUGGACAGCGGGGCUCAGGCGGUCUCGGCUGCCUCUGUCAUCAAGGUCGACUUUGGCGAGCUCGCGGCAGCUCAGGCCAGGGCGGGACACCUGCUGGCCUCGCGGGUGGACAUGUUCACAGAUUUCGGCAGCUCCCAUCGGCAGCAGACGUAUGGAGUGCAGUUGAUCGAGCUGUGGCAGCUGGGUUCCCUAGCCCCCUCGCCGCAGGCGUGGCAGCGGGAGGCGCCGGCGGCGUUGGUGGCGUGGGUCCCGCAGCUGGGCUUGCGGGGGGCGUGGACGCGCUGGUCGCCGCCCUUGGAGGCCCGCCUGGGGCUGGGGCGGCGCCCGCGGCGGCUGGGGGAGCUGCAGCCGCUGGAGCUGGUCCUGCAGUGGUACCUCCCGUUCCAGGAGCGCUCGCAGUGCCACUGCCGGCGGCCCCUGCGCCACCCGUCGCUCCUGGAGUUGGAGCGGCUGCUGCGGGGGCUGCCGCGGCUGUGGCCGCGCCGGCGGCUGUCCCUGGAGUG